CAUCAAAAUCUGGGGGUCUGGCGUGUGACCCUGUUAUUUCUAUCCUGCAAUAAAAUAGCUGUGUAAUCUAAAGAUAAGUGGUGUGCCUGUGAAACAGUGCUAUUUGCAAAUUGUAGUGUAAUUCAUGUUGAAAAUAUGGAGCGUGCGACUGGAACUGAGGUGUACGACGGGUGUGGCUCGCCCCAAAGCACGGACAUAACGCUGAAUAUACAAACGACAACGGGUGGGAAUUUCACCAUUAGCCUGAACGGUAAACACACGGUGGAGCACCUUAAAAAGCUAGUUUCGAAGAAAUUGAAGGUGUCGAAGGACAGGAUAUGCCUGCUGCACCGUGAAAGGCAAUUGCGGGAUGGCACGUUGGAAGAGAACGGGCUCCUGGAUGGGGCGCGCGUCAUCCUUCUGCCCAGCGUAGAGACGGGCCUUCUGAGUCAAAGAUCAGAAAAUUCAGUAAUGCAGGCCCUGGAGUCCCUCAAUGAUACACAAGUGAAUGAUUUCCUCAGUGGAAAGUCGCCCCUAAAUCUCACCAUGCGGCUAGGAGACCAUAUGAUGUUGAUCCAGUUGCAACUAUCCACACUUAGUUCUGGUGCUUCAAGCAGUUCCCGGUCAUUGAGAACCUCCACACCUGCAAAAAGUUCCACAUCUUCAGUGCGUACCAGAUGUGAUGUCAGGGACACUCCAAGCCCUCACAGCUCUCCACACAAGCCCCUACAUAGUGAGGACACUCCAGCAGAUACUGAAAAACAUAAACAAGAUAAUCCAACUCACUUUGUCCAUAAGCGGGACUUAGAAUUGUUGCAAAAUGCUUUUGAUUUAUAUCGCACCAUUACAGAAGGUGAAGACAGUUCUGAACCAAGUGAAGAGAAAAAUGAAUCCAUGGAUACCUCAAACUGUACUGCUUCAGAUAUGUCAGACACAUCAUUGGAAAGUGAGCAGUCUCCUAUUAAAUCUUUAUCUAAUUUGGUGUCUAGUCCUAUUGAUGCAUCAGCUUCACAAAGCAGAGAGCCUGCCAUUACUAAUGCUGUCAGAAUUAAAUCUUUGUCCGAUUUGUUGCCCCCUCAUUUGCUGUCUCGCCCAAUUGACACAUCGGCAUCAGAAAGCAGAGAGGCUACUAUCACAAAUGCUGUCAAAAGUAAUUUGAUAGAGUUGUUGUCAAGUAAUAACAAACUAAGUAGUGAAGUGAUUCCUUCCACAAGUGCCAUCAAUGACAAACAAUGUCCCUCCACCUCUUCCCAUACUCCUGACAGUUCACUCAGUGAUGAUAGUGACAAUUUUACUGACCAGAGUUCAUUUCUCACUGAGAGUACCAUAGAUGAGUACCCCAUGGAGAAUCUCUUCAACAGUGCUGUAGACAAAGGUCUGUUCCAAGACCAGUGUGAAACUAUGAUGGACAGGGAGAUAUCAAAUUUGGCUACUACCAGUUAUGGCCAGGAGUCAGCCUCGGGUUCACUGCCAUCUUUCCAGAGUAUAAAUGAGCCUUUGAAAAACAAGCGCUUCCAGUAUUUACUCCAUAAAACCUCUAAAUUCAAACAUCCUAUAGGUCAAAGUAAACAGAAGGCUUUCAUGCAAUCUGUUGUGAAUAAGCACAAGAAGCGCAUGCAGAUUCGACAGGAGAGCAAUCUAGCACAGCCUUCAACAUCUAGAACAGAGCCCUAUAUUACCAAUACAAGGAAACUUGUCUUACAACCAAGCCCUAAUCAUCCUAGUACAAGCAAUGAAAACACAGACGACUUGGCAACUCCUUCCACUUCAAAACAGGUUUCAUUCAAAACGCCAGAAGCUCCAAAGAAGCCUCAAAGAGCAUUAGUGGCGCCCGUCGUUGAUACAAAAGCUCUUAUAGAAGCAUCAAAGAAUUUAACUCAGAAGUUAAAAAAACUGUCUAAAGAAGUUCUAUUGAAUAAGAUUGAUCUCAAGACUGCAGAGGAGUCAGUGCGCUCGAAAAUAGGCCCUGGGGCUGUGAUAGAGUCCAUGAAGCAUCAUGGAAAAGGAAUAUAUUCAGGGACCUUUUCUGGCACACUCAAUCCUGCUUUGCAAGAUAGAUAUGGCCGACCAAAGAGAGACAUUUCCACUAUAAUACACAUAUUAAAUGACUUACUGUGUGCUGCGCCUCCCAUUGCAUUGGCACAGAAGGAAUCCAAACAUUCAUGUUCUACGAAUACAACUGAAGACGCAAGUAAGUGUUUAGGAUGCAGUCAACCCUCGUGCUCUUACGGACAGUGCGACGGGCAUCUGCCGUCGACCUCGUCGGCUGGAAAGGGCUGUUCGUGCGAUCUUGGCGAUUGUCAGUGCCGUCUCGAUCCCAACGUCUGCCCCUCCUGUGCGGGAAAAUCCAUUUCAGGGGAACUAUGUAAGAAAUGUAAUACGGCCAAAACCUUCGCCAUGGAAAACUCCAAGACUAAAUGCAAACUCGAGCAGCUCAGACUCGUGAUGCAGCAGAAGAAGCAAAGACGCGAAGCUAGGAAGCUGAAAACCCUGCCUUAUAAUUCCCCUCCGAAGAUUGCGUCGCCGGAGCAAACGCCGCCCAUCCAGGAGGAGAUUGAGACGGUUGCUUAACACGCGAUCCUAAUCCAACAGCUUCAGAAUCACGACCGGGAGUACGAAACGCUGCCAUAUUGUCAAAAUUUGUGAUGGUCGAUAAAUAUUUGCGACUUAUACCUCCUAUUAAUGGAUGAUAAAUGACAACUAUCGAUAACAGUAAAAUACCAAAAUUGAGCUAAAGUGAUAAUUUUCGAAUUAUGCCGUCGGAUAAAUCCCUACUUUAAUUAUUCAGAGGCGUUUACAAAACAAUCUGGUCAGCGCAAUGUUAAUUUACAUAGGACUUUUUCCAACGACGAUGCAAUUAUUGUAAUUUAAAACUGUUAAUUCGCACGUGUGAGCAGUUGGGAAAUGGUCGCGCGUAUCUAAAGUCGUUACAUCACGCUGUUUAAACUCUGAUGAAAAUUCACAAUGACUGAAAAUAUGCAAAAUGCGAAUUUAUGCAAAUAUGACUUGUCUUUUCGAAACUCCCGAAAAUAUGUUGAAAGACUGAAGGCUUUCUCUUUCACUGUGACGAGCCUUGUAAAGGCCCGUCUGACUUACAUUUAUCAGAGCGCUGUGGCUUUGGAUACGUAUUAUGUAAGGACAUUAAAACGUUCGCAUUGCACGCCGGGCGUGAUCCGUUUAUAUUCUAAAUACCAUUUCGACUAAGAUCGGACCGUAGACGUAACUUAUAAGUGCUAUCAUACGCAUGUACAAAAUACAAGAUUGAAUUAGCAAAUCACUAGUUUUAGAGUAAUUAACCAGUUAGCUCCUCCAAUGUAGUUGCCUGGCGCGGCUCGACGAGUAUUGUUGUUAUUUUUUAGAUUAUAUUUUUAUUAUUUUAUUGGUUCAGUCAACUUUUGGACACUGUGUAUCUAGUAUAAUUUUUUAUUAGCUGUUGAUUAAUGAACAUUUUGGAAUUUGUUUCAUAGUUUCAACUUAUAAACUAAGGUAUGUAACAACUGCCCCGGCAGCAAGGUUAACUGUGAAGAACGAGUAUUUUUGUUUCUUCCCUUAUUCUUAGAACAAGUGAAUUGAUUCCACUUUAUUAUAAUUAAUUGGCACUGUUAUUCUUAUAGUUAUUUUUGUUUUCUUUCUCUCGCGGAUAUGUUGUUUAAAAGUAAUAAAUGUUUUCUCCAAUACCACAUUCGUUUAGUUUUUUAAUCGUAAAUAUGGAAUACCAGUAUUGCAAUAAUGCAAUUACCAUCCUAUCAAGAUACUAGAGAGAAAUCUUAGAGCUUUGUAAAUAGUAAAUAUGCCACUCUUUUUAUAGUAUAUAACUGCUUUGAAAGAGCCUGUAUAAUGAUGGCUAUUGCCAGGGUUAUUGUAAGAUACAUCUGUGAAUACUACAUUUUCCUGUAUAAAGACGUAAGGAAAUUCAUGAGAGAUCUAUAAUACUGUUUGUCGCUUGAAAUUUCCAUAUGAUUGUGGUCGACCGGAAAUUCAUUUACCUUCAAAUGUAAUCCACUAAUUAUUGUAUGGACAGAAUAACAGUUUAACUGCAUUAAGUUUCAUGUCUUCCGUUGUUAUUCGCUUCAAAUACGUAAGUUCCAUUGGGAACCGAUUUGGGAAAUUUUAGUUGAAUUAAAAUAUAAAAGUAAAGUGGAAAUGUAUUGAUGUUAAUAGAAAUACGUUGGUAAUUAGUAUAUAAUCCGUUUCUGAUUCAAAACUAAUUUUACAGGUUUAAAAUUGGUGCUAUUCCUUCCAAACUGAUAGAAGUGUGAAAAGGAUAGCAAUAAA